CAACAUUGGAAUUAGUGGAACUGUCAUUGUAUCAUUACAUUAAAAUUACCUUUUCAUAGAUUAAUACUCUCCUUCUUUGCGAGUUGGUGCUGAUUAAUAGUUUUUAGCGUUAAUUCUUAAAUAUUUAUGUUUAUUCUCGUAAAAAAGUGCUCUGAGAUACGUCUUUUGUGAUUUCUGUUGUGUAAGAAAAAUGGCAAAUAGAACUUCCGCAGCCCAACGACCUAAUGGUUCAACGCAAGGAAAGAUAUGUCAGUUCAAAUUGGUGCUUUUGGGGGAAUCCGCUGUCGGAAAGUCUAGUCUAGUGCUUCGGUUCGUUAAGGGCCAGUUCCACGAAUACCAAGAAAGCACGAUUGGCGCCGCCUUCUUAACACAAACCGUAUGUCUGGAUGACACCACAGUCAAGUUCGAGAUUUGGGAUACGGCGGGACAAGAAAGGUAUCAUAGUUUAGCUCCGAUGUAUUAUCGUGGUGCGCAGGCCGCAAUCGUUGUCUAUGACAUAACAAACCAAGAUACGUUUGCGCGUGCGAAAACAUGGGUUAAAGAAUUGCAGCGACAAGCUAGUCCGAAUAUCGUAAUAGCGCUGGCGGGAAACAAACAGGAUUUGGCCAAUAAACGAAUGGUCGAAUACGAAGAAGCGCAAGCGCAUGCCGAAGAGAACGGAUUGCUGUUUAUGGAAACAUCGGCCAAGACGGCGAUGAAUGUUAAUGACAUAUUUUUGGCAAUAGCAAAGAAGCUUCCCAAAAAUGAACAAACGACAGGUCCAGGAGGCAGCGGUCAAGGUAGACGAUUAGUGGAAGGUGACUCCGGAGCGAAGGCGGCGGGAAAUUGUUGUAAGUGAUGGCCUGCAAUUGGGCGUGUAAUCAUGUUCUCUGAUAAAGGAAUGAACUGCGCAAUUGCGCUAUAGUGAUAUAUCAGUGUAAUAAUAAUACAGCCCUUCUUUGAAUAACAUUAAUGAACUCUGUCAGCAUUUAAUUUUCUCAUACUCUUAAUACGGCACCAAAUUUUUUUAUAAAUAGCCAAUUUGGCGCCGAGUACAUGGGUAUUUGAUCUGAUUUAAUUUGUCAAGUGUUGGAUGAUAUACUGUGUACUUUUAAUUUAUAAAAUGUACUCAUUUUGAAGGCCCGCAAUCUAACUACACCAUACGACUGCGUAAUUUACCCAUUCAACAUUUGAUAAUUAAACAAAGUCCUGGCCUGGCAUCUGAUUAAUUCAUUUCUCUAUUUACUAGAACUAUUGUAUGUACCUACUAAUAUAUAAAUAUAUUGAACUCGGUUAUAUUUGUUCCAAAGUCAGUUUUUAGGAAAAAUUUAAUUCUAUGUGUCCUAAUGAUUUUGAAAUAUGUUUCUUAAUGUGAAGUUUGUAAUUCUGUCUGAUAACUAUAAAUUUCUACGCAUUUAAACAUUUUGAAACACAUUUCACACAAACAUCACAAUGUGUACUGUUAUUUUUUUAAUUAUUAUUUUAAAUUUCCUACUGAUGUAUCCCUUCUAUUGUUAUACAUAUUAUUAGUGGAAUUACUUAAAAAAAUUUUAUCAAUUUUAAAAUCACGUUCUAUAAUUUGGUAGAAGUACAUGUAGUGAGGUGGUUGUACAGUAAGUUUUAAAUUGAACAAGCUAUAUUAAUUGGUAUGGAUGUUUUUAUCCAUAAUUUAAGUAAUAUUGUAUUAUAAUAUAUUUGAAUAUGAAUAAAUUUAUUAUUUUCAUUA